UCUAUGUCCACAACACUACCCCCAGAGUCCCGCGGCUCUGAAGGACCUGUACCAGCAGAAUUGCAGCAAAAUCCGAAGGAUUGUCUAGCGUGCCGCGUCAUAGGGACCGGUGCGCUCGGCGGCGUCGGCAUAUAUGCGCUGAACCAGUCGCGCGCGCACGCGCCGGGCUCAGUCGUAGGGAAGAGGAUUAUGGCGGGGGUUGGGGUGUGCUUCCUGGUCGCUAGUGCACUUCGAUGGACCAAAUGA